AUGGCCCACCGCGGUGGGGAGAGGGACUUCCAGACUUCAGCGCGGCGCAUGGGCACCUCUUUGCUCUUCCAGCUCUCGGUGCAUGAGCGGGAGCUGGACCUGGUGUUUCUGGAUCACAGCUAUGCUAAGCCGUGGAGUGCCCACCCCGAUGCCAGCAGUGCCCGCCCCACCCGCAUGCUCUUUGUUACUCCGCGGAGACAGCAUGAAAGUACCAUUGAAUCAGAUGUCCCAAUAGACGUGGAGACAGUCAUAUCCACCCCAGUGCCGCUCUACGACAAUCAGAAGGCGCGCAGUGUGAUGAAUGAGUGUGAACGGCACGUCAUCUUCGCCAGGACCGAUGCAGAUGCCCCUCCCCCACCUGAGGACUGGGAGGAGCAUGUCAACAGGACUGGCUGGACCCUGGCCCAGAACAAGCUAUUCAACAAGAUCCUCAAAGCCCUGCAAUCUGACCGGCUUGCCCGCUUGGCCAAUGAAGGGGCUUGUAAUGAGCCUGUGCUGCGUCGUGUUGCUGUGGACAAGUGUGCGAGGAGAGUGCGGCAGGCCCUGGCCAGUGUGAGCUGGGACACCAAGCUGAUCCAGUGGCUGCACACCACCCUGGUGGAAACCCUGAGUCUGCCCAUGCUGGCAGCCUACCUGGAUGCUCUGCAGACGCUGAAAGGGAAGAUCCCCACCUUGAUUGACCGGAUGCUCGUGUCCUCCAACACAAAGACUGGGGCUGCGGGAGCUGAGGCCUUGUCCCUUCUACUGAAGAGGCCCUGGGACCCUGCCGUGGGGGUGCUUUCUCAUAACAAACCAAGCAAACUCCCCGGCUCUCCUCUCAUCCUCAUUGCCUCCUCCGGGCCGUCCAGUUCCGUGUUCCCCACCUCACGCCGCCACCGCUUCUGGCAGUCUCAGCUGUCCUGCUUGGGCAAGGUCAUCCCUGUCGCCACCCACCUGCUGAACAACGGGAGUGGAGUGGGAGUGCUGCAGUGUCUGGAGCACAUGGUCGGGGCCGUGAGAAGCAAAGUGCUGGAGGUUCACAGCCAUUUCCCCCACAAGCCCAUCAUCUUGAUUGGCUGGAAUACAGGAGCUCUGGUGGCCUGUCACGUGUCGGUGAUGGAGUACGUCACUGCUGUUGUCUGCCUUGGGUUUCCUCUGCUUACCGUGGACGGCCCCAGAGGGGAUGUGGACGAUCCCCUCUUGGAUAUGAAGACUCCAGUCCUCUUUGUCAUCGGUCAGAACUCCCUGCAGUGCCACCCUGAAGCCAUGGAGGACUUCCGGGAGAAGAUUCGGGCGGAGAACAGCUUGGUGGUGGUUGGGGGAGCUGAUGACAAUCUCAGAAUAAGCAAAGCAAAGAAGAAAUCGGAAGGGUUGACUCAGAGCAUGGUGGACAGAUGCAUUCAGGACGAGAUCGUAGACUUCUUGACUGGGGUGCUCACUCGUACCGAGGGGCACAUGGGCUCCGAGCCUCGGGAUCAGGACGCUGAGAAGAAGAAGAAGCCCCGAGACGUGGCCCGCAGAGACCUGGCCUUCGAGGUCUCAGAGCGGGGCAGUCGACCUGCGUCACCAGCUGCCAAGCUGCCUGCCUCCCCCUCGGGCUCAGAGGAUCUCUCCAGUGUGUCCAGCAGCCCCGCCUCCAGUCCCAAGACCAAAGUGACCACAGUGGCGUCUUCCCAGAAGUCCAGUCAGAUUGCAAGCGCCCAGCUGCUGAAGAGGCACGUGCAGCGGACAGAGGCCGUGCUGACCCACAGGCAAGCUCAAGCUCAGUUUGCUGCUUUUCUGAAACAAAAUAUGCUGGUGAGGAAAGCUCUUCCUCCCGGCACCUCCUCCUGUCUCUUUGUUCCUAUUUCAUCAGAACAAACCGAGGAAGCUGAGAAAGAGGAGCUCAGGGUCCAGCUGAAGCGGCACCAUCCCUCCAGUCCCCUUUCUGGCAGCAAGACCUGCAAGCGACCGAAGAUCAAGGUGUCCCUCAUCUCCCAAGGGGAUGCAGCUGGAGGGCCUUGCACCCCUUCCUCAGGGGGCGCUCCAGAAGCCGCAGGAGGGAAGCCCCUCACCAUGACGUUGGGACAGGCGUCCACAGGGGCCGCAGAGCUCACCGGGCUUCUCGCCACAGCCAAGUCAAAUGCAUCUGAAGGGGGCGUCUCAGCCAGCCAGGCAUCCUCAGUGGUCUCCAGCAGCGCCACGCCCAGUGCCUUGCACACACUCCAGAGCCGCCUGGUGGCCCCCUCUCCUGGUGGCUCCCUCCCAGGGGCCGCGUCAGCCAGCAGCCUUCUCCAGGGCCUCAGCUUCAGCCUGCAGGACAUCAGCAGCAAGACCUCUGUCCUCCCGGCAAGCCCAUCCCCCGGGCCAGCCCCACAGGCCACUGGUGUGAAGUUGCCCACCCCCAUGCAGAGCCUGGGUGCCAUCACCACGGGUGCCAGCACCAUUGUCCGCACCAUCCCUGUGGCCACCACCCUGUCCUCCUUGGGCGCCACUCCUGGUGGGAAGCCCACAGCCAUCCACCAGCUGCUGACCAAUGGGGGCCUCGCUAAGUUAGCAAGCAGCCUCCCUGGCCUGGCUCAGAUCUCUAACCAAGCAUCAGGCUUGAAGGUCCCCACCACCAUCACUCUGACACUGCGUGGCCAGCCCAGCCGAAUUACCACGCUGAGCCCCGUGGGCACAGGAGCAGCCCCGUCAGAGGAGCCCACCUCCCAGGCACUGCCCUCCAACUCACAGCGCCUGCCUCCAGCCCCCUGA